AUGAACAACAACAUUGUCUAUACUGCGACAUCGGCAGGAUCAAUGCCAUCAAUGGGAUCCGAACCAGAAACCCCACAACAAAAUACCACAGAGAGUUCAGGGAUUAUGCACAACAAUUUGGCUGCUAUAGAUCCGUUACGUAAAAUGUUAUUCAACCCCUCCGACAAAGAUAAGUUGGCAGCCCUCAAAGCUAUUUUAAAAUUAGAAACUGAGGGGUUGGACACUUCAGAAUUGUUUGCAGAAAUAGCGAUGAAUGUGGGAAGUCAAGAGAUGGAGUUAAGGAAGCUGGUCUGUAUGUAUAUAGUCUCCCACUCUGAAAAGGACCCAACAAACGCGUUGAUGGCUGUCAACACUAUGCACAAAGCACUGUCGUCCCCACACACGUUUGUUCGUACUUUGGCUUUACAGUCAAUCACGUCUUUAAGAGUGAAAGACAUCGCUCAGUUAAUGGUCAUUGCCGUCUCUAAAGCUGUUAAAGACACCUCUCCAUAUAUCAGAAAAGCUGCUGCGUUGGCUAUACCAAAGAUAUAUAACUUAGACGAGCGUCGAUUUGACGAGUGCGUCAAUUUGAUCGUGCAAAUGCUCGAAGACAAAAACCCGAUAGUACUUGGUUCGACGUGUCUAGCAUUUUUGAAAGUGUGUCCGACGCGAUAUGACUUGAUUCACAAACACUACACCAAACUCUGCCAAGCACUUGUCGACUGUGAAGAGUGGGGACAAGUUCCAAUGAUGUCAUUACUGGAGCACUAUGCGAGAACCCAAUUCACAGACCCUAAUUUGACUGUACUGGAUGAUGACAAUGAAUUAGAUAAAGACUUGAUGUUCUUGAUCUCAUCAGUAUCUCCACUGUUCUACUCAAUGAAUCCGGCAGUCGUUGUGGAAGCUACACUUCUCUAUUUCCACGUCGGACACCACCAAGAUAGAACACGAGCAGUCAGAGGAAUUAUGAAGCUGACUUCUUCCUCUUUCAUUACUCAGGAAUUCUUAUUCCCAAUUUUGUUGUCACUGGUCGCACAACAACCCUCCGCGUUUGUCGACUACUUGGACGACUUCUUCUUGUUCCCCGAUGACCCCGUCGAGAUCUGCGAGAUGAAGCUUGAAAUAGUCACGUUGUUGGUGCAAGAGACAAACUGCCAGAAGAUCUUGGACGAGUUGAAGGACUACACGACGUGGAACAACCCCCGAAUAGUCACUAUAUCGAUUCAAGCCAUGUCAAGACUGUCAAUGAUCAUGCCAGAGACUUCCGAGAGAUGUAUGGUGCAAUUACUUCAGUUCAUGUCUUCGAAGAGUCCAGAAAUCGUUGCUGAGGCUGUCAUUGGCAUUAAGAAGCUCCUCCAACAGUCUAAGAAUGGGCAGAAUGAUCCGGAGAGAGAUCUUAGAAUCAUCGGGAAGAUGUCUAAGUUACUGAUUGACAUGAAGAUAGCACAAGCACGUGCGUCUAUCGUCUGGGUCAUUGGGGAAUACUCCCAAAUGGUACCGAAGUUGGGACCUGAUAUACUAAGAAUCCUCGCCAAGACCUUUGUUGACGAAGAAGAGUGUGUCAAACAACAAGUCUUGACCUUUGCCGCGAAGCUUUAUGUCACUAACAAAGCACAGAGCGAGAAGUUGGUGAGGUACAUCUUCCAAUUGGCCAUGUACGACAACAGCUUUGAUAUCAGAGACAGAGAACGAAUGCUCAGGAGAUUCCUCUUUGAUACCACUGGAGAGUGCAAAGAGCUCCAGAAACAGGCGAAAGAGGUUUUGUUAUCAGAGAAGCCGACUCCAGUUGUUGGUGGAUUUAAUAAAGAGAGACAAGGACUAUUAGAAGGCACCCUUUCCCAUUAUUUGAACACGGUAGUUAGUGGGUAUGAAGACCUUGAAGAAUUUUCAUUGCAAGCGAGUGACCCAUCUCUUCGAAAGACUGCGAUUGUAGUAGCCGAGCCUGUUAAGAAAGAAAAGGCGAAGAAGGAGAAGAAGGAAGUUGAAGAUGACUUAGAAGGAUGGCUCAAUGGAGAUGAAGAAGAAGAUGGCAAGAAGAAGAAACACGGAGGGAUGUGGGGAAGUGGAGACGAAAGCACAUCGGAAGAGGAAGAAGAGAGUGAGGGAAGUGCAAGUGAAGAGGACGGACACAAAGUUGAGAACGUUGAGAAGAAAGAGGAAUUAAAGGAACAAAAUCAAGACGAUAUGGACUGGGACGCCGCUCUUGGACUUGUCCAAGACAACUUGAAAAAGGAAGACGAAGACGAGAAAGAGAAAGAAAAGGAAGUCGAUCACCAAGACGAGCAAAAAGAAGAAGUUGGUGAUGACGCUUUUGAAGCAGAAGGUGGAUUUGAAGUUGGAGGAGAUGAUGAUUGGGGGUUGUUAGAUGAAAGUGCAAAAGAUGAAGAAAAGCCGGUAGAAGUAAAAGAAGAGGCACCUGUUGAAGCUACAAAAGUCGAACAAAAAGAAGAGAAACAAGUUGAAGAGACUAAAGAACCAAAGAAAGAAGAAAAGAAGCCCGAAGAGGUCAAACCUUUAGACCAACACGAUACAGAUAUGAGCGCUUUUAUGGGAGGUGAUGAAGAAAAGGAAAAGAGCGAAGAGAAAGAUGCCCAAGAGUCUGGGUUUGCAUUCAUCUAA